AAGCAUUACACUAUCGGGGAACACUCGCCCGCACGCGUCUCGUACUGUUACUGGUGGAGACUUUAUCAGUAGGCUGUUUUUUGUAUCUGGGAAUCAAGCAACCAUGGUGGAUAAUGAAGUUUUUGCAUCUUUCGUUUUCUACAGCACACUUCUUAUACUUAAAAUGUACAUUAUUGCAAUUAUUACGGGGAAACUAAGACUUAGUAGAAAGGCGUUCUGUAACCCUGAAGAUGCCAUGAGACAUGGAGGAAUUCAGUACCACAGAGAAGAUCCCGACGUUGAGAGAAACAGGAGGGCCCAUCGAAAUGACAUGGAGAACAUCUUCCCAUUCUUGUUCCUGGGAGCCGUGUAUUCCAUGACCGAACCUACUCUCCUUAUUGCCCGAAUUCAUUUCCAAAUCUUCUUUCUUGGCCGGAUUAUUCACACUGUUGCAUAUUUGUGUGCCCUGAAAGCCCCUACUCGCUCCUUGGCCUACACAAUCGCCCAACUGCCCUGCUUCUCCAUGCUGGUGCAGAUCCUCCUCGCUGUGGCUUCAAAUUGGUGAAAAUAAUAUCAGGGACAUUGGUUUUAAAUUUCGAAUGUAUAGCCAGACAAAAAAUGAUGAAUGUGCUCGGUGUUCUAUUUGUCAUGCAAUUUUAAAAUGUGCCUUAGUUGCCAUCUACAAGAUGUCAGUAUUUGAAGAAGACAAAGUCCUUGAAUGCACACAUGAAGGUUUUUAUGAAGGUUUUCCCCCUGUCAUAUUGAAAUCUAGCAAAUUAUGUUUUGCAAUAUUUACAAGAAUGAUAAUUUAAACUUGCAUACGCUAGCCGAAACAAGCUAUUUGUAAGGGUGAACAAGUGAUCAUUUUACAUGAUAUAUGUUUGCAGAGAGCAUUAUCUGAGAAUGUAUCAAUGUAACAGUCCCCUCUUCGUGACAGUGAUUGAUAUGACCUACCCACAGCUGUGUAUUCAAACAGGAUGUGAAACUUGUUUGAAAUGGUUUUCUCCACUGUGGUAGUGCAGAAGUCUCUGAGCCUCUAGAGAAGGAUAAACCCCGGAGAAGCCCUAAUUGAGCUGGUCGACUGUGGGUCUGGGCUGGAAUUUACACAGCCCAGUGCGAAGGGCCUGUAGAAGUGUGGUGAAUGUUGUCUGCUUUUGUCCUGUUCAGGCUUGCUUUUACUGCCGUGCUUUUCUGGGAGGGGUUUCUGUGGGCUUCUGAGGUGACCGCUUUGUGACCAGGGCUAUGCAGUUUUGCCUCUCAGAUGUUAACACUUCUGAAGGCCCUUGAAUGCCUGUAAAGCCUUACAGCUGAUUCACCUGUUUACUGGAAUGAGCUGUUACAUUUGUACAUCCACUAUACGUCAGUUAUCAACCUGCUACUCAUAGCAAACUCAGCACCUAAUAUUGCUUUGUGCUGACGUAGCUUUGUUUAAAAUAGUAUAAUAAUUUCACUUUCAAUUUCAGAUCCUGAAUAUGUUUCUGAAUGUGUUUAAAGUAGAUAUCCUGAACGUUUUUUGGUUUAGAAAAAUACCUUAUAGAUAGGAUUAUUUCAUUUUAUUAAUAUGUGGCUAUUGUACAACAAUACAUUUAAAAAGAAAAAGACAGAAUUAGCACAUUGAAGAAAAAUUAAGUAAGAUUAAUAUAUUUGUGAUACAGAACAUGUUUUUUUAUAUUUUUUACUUAUAAGAAUAUUUAUGCAAUGUUUAUAUUUUUUAUGAUUAUAAAUUGUUGUCAAAAGAGUAGAGUCAGCGAGAUGCAGCAUUGAAAAGGAGUAUUAUUUCUAAACUGACAGUUCAAGGUGAGCUCCGUAUUCUACAUUUCUUUGUAAGAGGGUUGGUGCUGUGGGUAGACUUCAGAGAGAAUGAUAAAACCAUGUGGAACAUGCAAUUCAUUUUUUAUGUGUAACCCAGUGCAGUAUUCAUUUUUGUAUAAACUAUUUCAUUCCUGGGUUUGAAUCCCCGUCGGCCGGGGCCUCUCUGUGCGGAGUUUGCAUGUUCUCCCCGUGUUUGCGUGGGUUUCCUCCGGGUACUCCGGUUUCCUCCCACAGUCCAAAGACAUGCAAGUUAAGCUGAUUGGAGAGUCUAAAUUGCCCGUGGGUAUGAGUGUGUGAGUGAAUGGUGUGUGUGCCCUGCGAUGGACUGGCGACCUGUCCAGGGUGUAUUCCUGCCUUUCGCCCAAUGUAUGCUGGGAUAGGCUCCAGCCCCCCUGCGACCCUGUUCAGGAUAAGCGGGUAAAAGAUAAUGGAUGGAUGGAUGGACUAUUUCAUGUUAUCUUUCGGCUGUUUGACAUACUUUUAUUUUUCAAUGUAAUUUUCAUUUGAUUAAUUAUUAACUAAUAUUAUCAAGAAUAAUAAUAAAGGUUAUUGCUUUUGGCUUGUUUUACUAAGAAACACAACAAACGGAGCUGUGGAAUUGCUGUACUUUGAAAUGGCCAGAGGAAAUAUUGAUUUGCUUUUUCACACAUUUUUGCGGCUGCUUUUAUUUUAUUUCCAUUAACUUCUACUUCAACAAGCAAUUACUUUUACUUCAUGAAUACUUCCUUAUAUUUAAAAAGACAUACAUACUGUCCGCUUUAUCUGUUUCUUAAAACAACAUAUUUAGGAAUAUCAUUUCUUCUCAUAUGUCUGGUUGCUUAAUAGGGUGCAGAGGUAUGAGGUCGAGUGGAGGACAAAUUAAAAGGAAUACAAAUUUUGGAAUUUCCUGGGCUAUAGAUGAAAAUAUAUUUUAUAUGUGAGGCUAUCCUUCAGCAAAAGUAAAUUUGCAGUGAGAAAUAUCUCUAACCGGAAAAGACAUGUAUCCCUUAAAGCCCUUUAAAAUGUAAGAGGUAUACAGAAGGAAUUUUAGAAUGUGUACCUGCUAGCUCCUGAGUAGUCCUUUGAAAAAAGUCUGUACCUGCAUGCUAAACUGAAAAAGAGUGGUCAGCCUUUUCUACACCUUUGUACUUUUCCUUUGACUAUACGUUUAUACUGUUCUGAUAGAUGUGUGUCUACUUUCAAAUACUGGGGAGAUGUUGCCUUCUAGGCCCAAGGCCUGGUGCUUAACAUAUCCAGGGCUUUAUUCCAGCAUUCUUCCAUGAGUUACAUAAAGGCCUCGAGACUCUACCCGAGGGGCUGGAACAGGGAAGAGCCAUGCACGGGCUGUGUUUAUUUUACUGCUCUCUCUCGCUCUCUCUCCCUUUCUCUCUCUCUCUCUCUCUCUCUCUCUCUCUCUCUCUCUCUCAAAACAAGCAUAAACAAAGCAAAAUAAGUAUUAUCCAUACAUUUGAAUGGAAAUGGUUAAGUUUUAAUGUAGGUGAUUACCUGUUUUGACUUGUCUUCUUUUCUGCAAGGGAUGACUUGAAAAAGCCUGUGUUCACAGGCACACAAAGCUCUGUGUGAAAGAGAUUACUCUGCUCCCGUCUAUAUAUUCUGUUCUCACGAGAUGAGCACAGUCAUGUAUGCAAUGUUAAAAUGAAGUAAAGAUUUACAUUGCUCAGUUGCCUAUUCCAUUUACGAAUGUAGUGAUUUAAUAAAAUAUGUAUGCAAUAAAUUAUGCUUUGUUCACAUA